AUGGCAGAUCAAGCCAAGAAGUUGGACGAUUACAUAUCCUCUAGUGACAAAAUGUUUCAUGGCCUAUUAACUCAUGGAAAGAUGCUUGAGAACCAAAUCAUUAAACUAGCUAACCCUUUGAAAGAUUGUGCUAGCCCAUCUUCUUUACCCUUGCAAGAAAUUGAUCCUAAGGAACCGGUUUGUUCAAUCACCACUAGGAGUGGUAAGGUCCUUGAAGAGAGUGUCCCUAGGAAGAGUAAGGAGGGCGAAGAGGAGAGUGAUUCGAGCAAAGAGAAUAAGCAUGAAGAGUCUAGCAAGAUGAGUGAGAAAUCUAAUGAAGAGAUAAAGGAGAAAGAGAAGAAGAAAGAUGAGAUUUACAAGCCCAAACUUCUGUACCCCCAAAAGUUCAAUGGGCACAAAUUGGAUGAGCAAUUUGGACAAUUCAUUGAAAUGCUUAAGAAAAUUCAUCUUUCUAUUCCUUUCACCGAAGUCUUGGAACAAAUGCCAAACUAUGCUAGGUUUCUUAAGGAAAUUUUAAGCGUUAAAAGGGAUUGCAAUAUGGUGAAACCGGUGAAUUUAGGGGAGUGUUUUAGUGCCUUUAUCCAUAAUGACUUACCCCAAAAGUUGAAAGACCCCGGGAAUUUCUCUAUCCCUUGCAAAAUCAAAGGAAAAUUGUUCCAAAAUGCCUUUUGUGAUCUCGGUGCUAGCGUGAGUAUCAUGCCUUAUUCCGUCUUCAGGAGACUUAAGAUAGGUAAGCUCCUUCCAUCCAAUAUGACCCUUCAAUUAGCCGAUAGAUCCAUCAAGUUCCCAAAGGGAAGAGUUGAGGAUGUUCCCCUUAAGAUAGGAGAAUUCACAAUUCCUGUUGAUUUCAUUGUGCUAGAAAUUGCGAAAGAUGACCACAUUCCUAUCAUCUUAGGGAGACCUUUCUUAGCUACCUCGGGAGCUUUGAUAGAUGUCAAGAGAGGCCGAAUUACUUUGAGAGUUGGUAACAAUGAGGAAAGUUUCGAGCUAAAACCGAUGCAUGAGUCUUUGUCUUUUGUGAAAGGAAUCAUGUGUGUUAAUUCCCCUCACUCUAUUGAUAAUGUUAGUGAAGAGAAAAAGGAGUUUCCCAAGCUCAUAGACGAGGAGGAGAUUGACAUUCCUCAUUGGUUUGAGCUUCACCCUCAAGAGGAGGACGAUGAUCCUAAGAGUGUUGAUGAUGUGAAAUCAUCUACUAUGAGGAACAAGGAAAAGAAAAAAAGCACGAGCUUCUAG